AUGACCCGCGCGCUGGCCGUCCAUUCCCCUGCUCCUUUUACCCCGCACUCCGUGCACUCCAUCUCUCCCCCAGUCGUCUCCCCCCCAACCGUGCCAAUCUUCCCUCCUCUCUCCCUCCUGUUCUCUCUUUCCCUGCCUCACCCUGCCUGUCAAUCCGGUUCCUCCCCCACACCCUGCCCCUGCAGCUUCAACGUGUAUGAGUUGCAAGCAGAAGUGAAGACGGGGUGUGUGCUGCGGCAGAGCACUGUCACGUACUGGUGUCCCAAGCUGAGGAGAGUAGAGAAGCCAAAGGCAGUGAUGAUAACACGGCUGAGGAAAGGCACAUGGGGAGGGGGAGGAGAGGCACAUGGGAAGGGGGACGAGAGGCACAUGGGGAGGGGGAGGAGAGGCACAUGGGGAGGGGGAGGAGAGGCACAUGGGGAGGGGAGGAGGCACAUGGGAGGGGAGGAGAGGCACAUGGGGAGGGGGAGGAGAGGCACAUGGGGAGGGGGAGGAGAGGCACAUGGGGAGGGGGAGGAGAGGCACAUGGGGAGGGGGAGGAGAGGCACAUGGGGAGGGGGAGGAGAGGCACAUGGGAAGGGAUUGUUGAGGUACAUCGGGAGGGACAAGGAAGAUGGGGGGAAGUUGGGCGGAGGGAGAGGGGAAGCAAGGCGGAGGGAGGGGGGGAGCAGGGCGGAGGGAGGGGGGGAGCAGGGCGGAGGGAGGGGGGGAGCAGGGCGGAGGGAGGGGGGAAGCAGGGAGGAGGGAGGGGGGAAGCAGGGAGGAGGGAGGGGGGAAGCAGGGCGGAGGGAGGGGGGAAGCAGGGCGGAGGGAGGGGGGAAGCAGGGCGGAGGGAGGGGGGAAGCAGGGCGGAGGGAGGGGGGAAGCAGGGGGAAGGGAGGGGGGAAGCAGGGGGAAGGGAGGGGGGAAGCAGGGAGGAGGGAGGGGGGAAGCAGGGGGAAGGGAGGGGGGAUGCAGGGAGGAGGGAGGGGUGAAGCAGGGAGCAGGCAGGGGGUUCAGCAGGGAGGAGGGAGGGGUGAAGCAGGGAGUAGGCAGGGGGGAAGCAGGGAGGAGGGAGGGGUGAAGCAGGGAGUAGCCGGGGGGGAAGCAGGGAGGAGGGAGGGGGGAAGCAGGGCGGAGGGGGGGGGGGGACCCAGGGCGGAGGGAGGGGAGAAGCAGGGAGGAUGGAGGGGGGAAGCAGGGGGAAGGGAGGGGGGAAGCAGGGAGGAGGGAGGGGAGAAGCUGGGAGGAGGGAGGGGGAAGCAGGGAGGAGGGAGGGGGGAAGCUGGGAGGAGGGAGGGGGGAAGCUGGGAGGAGGGAGGGGGAAGCUGGGAGGAGGGAGGGGGGAAGCUGGGAGGAGGGAGGGGGGAAGCUGGGAGGAGGGAGGGGGGAAGCUGGGAGGAGGGAGGGGGGAAGCUGGGAGGAGGGAGGGGGAAGCUGGGAGGAGGGAGGGGGGAAGCAGGUGAGGCAAAGGACAAUAGAUUGGGCGGUAAGCCCGCUCUCACCUCUGGCUCUCACUUUCUGCCCUUCCCCCUCCCUCCCCCUCCAUCCUUCCCAUUCUGUAUCUCCCUCUCGUCCCUUCGCCCUCUGUCUAUCCACCUCUGUCCUUCCCCCUCUGUCUCUCCCCCUCUGCCUUCCCCCCUGUUCCUCCCCCCUCUGUCUCUCCACCUUUGUCCUUCCCCCUCUCCCCCUUGUCCUUAUCCUUGUGACCUUCCCAUCUCCCCAGCCCGUUCCCUUCCUGUCCACCGCCCAUCAAUCAAGCUUUCAAUGUGA